AUGAAUCCAACAAAUAUUACCAUCACAUCUCAAUUGAAUUUUGAACAAGUAACCGAAAGUUCAAAUGCAUCAAGUGAGAACAUGUGUCAUGUGACAACCACUCCGCAGCAAGAAAAUUCAAUGCAAUCUGCAUCAAGCUAUCAGCCAUUUCAAACCAAUUCUUUUGGAAAUUCUCCAAUACAAAUUCAACCAGUUCAUUCCAACAAGUUUAUUUAUCGACCACCAAAUGAACAUUAUCAGUAUCAUGUUAGUUGUGAAAAAAUCUCUAAUGAUCUCAUUAUAAAGUUAUUAAAUUUACUUAAGGAAAAUGGAAUGCAAUUAAAACAAAAUGAAUAUGUUUUCUUUUAUCAACAGCAAUGUAAUGAUCAAGUAUAUCAGGUAUCUUGCGAAAUAAUUUCCCCUUCUCUUAUUAAUCAUUAUUUGAAUAAAAAAUUUCACGGCUUUGAAAUUGAACAGAAUAUGGGACAAGAACAGUUAGCUUUUACAUUUGAUCAAGAAAAAAAUCUCGAACUUCAUCUAUCACAAUACUUGAAUAAUUUCUUUUUAAACUAA